AUGGCAGAUGUACCUUUUUCCUCGUCUAGCGAUGAAAAUAUAGAAGAUUGUUUUUACGAAUUUAAUUAUGGUACACCGUGGGCUAUGAAACCACUAGUUUAUUAUACACAUGUGGAACGUCACCCGAACAAGAGAACAGAAUCAAUGAGCACGGAUGCUCCAGAUGUAAGAGGGUUUGCGCUGUGGUUAGACGAAAAGUAUAGAGAAUAUCUUCGUGACAAUAGACAACAGAGAACGAGUUUUCCGUGUGAAUCUUACGGUGGAAGGAAGUUUAAGAGACAAAAGAGUCCACGAAAACGGCACCAGAAGCUUACAAAUAGCAAAGAUGCUUCUUUGAGAUCAAAUAAGAGCUUUGAAGUGCUUCUUCAUCCGAAACAUGUUUCUCGUACGACUUCCGAAUGUUGCCAGAGGUUUAUGUACUAUGGUGGUUUUAGAGAAACCUCGUGUUGUACAAAUUGUACGACGAAUUCUCUGGAAAAUAAGAACAUUAAAAGAAAAUCGCAAAGCCUUACAAGUAUUCUGGUUGAGAAGGAAGUGUGUGUAAUCCCAUAUGAUACAAAAAACAAUGAAGCUAAAAAAGAAGUCAAGGAAGAAAAGCGAUAUGGUGAAACUAACAAAAUAAUUGCAACCCUUGUUGAAGGUGCAAACAAGGAUCCAGCGCCUCAAAUCAACGAUAUGUCCUGUCAAUGCUCCAAGGAAAACAUUUCAAAAGCCGAUGAGUGUUGCCAGUGCAAAAUAAACAAUCCACAGAUUAAAAUUCAGCCGAACAACACUUCUAUUUCUAUUAAAAAUAAUAACGCAAUUCCUUUGCGAGCCCCUCCAAUUCCAGUGCAACAGAGUGUUAACGAGAAUGAAAAUACAAGCGAAUUGAAAAAAUCCGCGGAGUGUCGACCUAACUGUAUGACGGUGCAAAAGGAAGAGACGAAAGAAUCGAAAGAAAAGACCAUUGUAAAAGAGAUUAAUGGAACACAGACAUCUGACUGUACCAUACAUCUACCUACGACACAAUAUCCACUGUUCAUGAGAAUUAUAUGCCCGGAGAAAAUUAAUGAAAGCUGA